AUGGGUAUUAAGCACCUCUAUCAAGUGAUCGCAGAAAAUGCGCCAGAUGCUAUCAAAGCAGGCGAUAUCAAGGCUCAUUUCGGCCGAAAGGUCGCCAUUGAUGCAUCGAUGAGUAUCUACAGUUUUCUCAUUGCCGUACGCUCAGAAGGCCAGCAACUCAUGAGCGACACCGGAGAAACUACGUCGCACCUUAUGGGCAUGUUUUACCGGACGCUGCGCAUGGUCGACAAUGGAAUCAAACCUCUGUAUGUCUUCGACGGAGCUCCACCGAAGCUCAAGUCGGGUGAACUAGCCAAGCGAAGUGCACGGAAACAUGAAGCCACCGAAGCGCACGAGGAAGCAAAGGAAACCGGUACCACAGAAGACGUCGAAAAGUUCUCGCGGCGGACUGUACGGGUGACAAGGGAGCACAAUGCCGAAUGCAAGCAACUUUUGAAGCUGAUGGGGAUCCCGUAUAUCGACGCUCCCACUGAGGCGGAAGCACAAUGUGCUGUGCUUGCCCGUGCGGGGAAGGUCUACGCCGCGGCUUCUGAGGAUAUGGAUACACUGUGCUUUGAGUCCCCCAUUCUGCUGAGGCAUCUUACUUUCAGUGAGCAGAGAAAAGAGCCCAUCCAGGAGAUCCACCUGAACCGUGCGCUGGAGGGGCUGAACAUGGACCGUAAUCAGUUUAUCGAUCUUUGUAUACUGCUCGGAUGCGACUACCUAGAACCCAUCCCCAAGGUUGGGCCCAACACUGCCUUGAAGCUGAUACGGGAAUACGGCACCUUGGAAAAGGUGGUUGAGUCCAUCGAAAAUGAUACCAAAAAGAAAUACACCAUGCCAGAAUCCUGGCCCUACCAGGAUGCCAGGGAACUAUUCAUCAACCCUGACGUCCGAGACGCCAACGAUCCGGAAUGUGACUUCAAGUGGGAGGCACCUGACGUCGAAGGCCUAAUAGACUUCCUGGUGAAGGACAAGGGCUUCAAUGAAGACCGCGUGCGCAACGGCGCUGCUCGACUACAGAAGAACCUAAAGAGCGCGCAGCAAUCCCGUCUAGAGGGUUUUUUCAAGCCUGUUGCCAGGACGGACGCGGAGAAGGCAACCCUCAAGCGCAAGCACGACGAGAAGAUUCAAGAGCAGAAGAAGCGCAAGAAGGAGGAUGCCAAGGCGAAAAAGGAGGCGAAGUCAAAGCCUCGGGCUGCUGUAUAA